AUGUUGUCGAACAAUACCAGAGCUAUGUAUAAUCAUACAAAUCAAACAGAGACGGGUAGUGAUUCGAUGAAAUUAGAAGCAUUUCGGGACCAACUUGAUUUAGCAGAGAAAAUUAUACUAAUUAUUUUCGCCGUUUGUACCAUUUUGGGGAACACUUUGGUUUUGAUUGCGACCUGGAGAGAAAGACGUCUUCAUCAACCAAAUAAAUAUUUUAUUGCCUGUCUGGCUGCUGCUGAUCUUCUGGUUGGUAUGAUUGUAGAACCAUUGAAGGUGUAUUACUCAAGUCUAAAUGAUGAAUCGGCAAAGGCGAUGUCUAUUCAUCUAUGCCGUUUUAUCGUGUGGACAGAUACAUUUGCGUUAACAGCAUCUAUCUAUACACUGACAUUUAUCAGUUUUGACCGAUUUUUUAAAAUCAGAAAACCACUUCAAUAUAAAUCAAGAAUGACAACUUCCAAAUCAGUUAAAAUUAUCUUUACCAUUUGCUUGAUUUCAACUGCCUUUGCCACCUACGCCGCAACGCCAGAUUCUGGAAGCAACUAUGGACUUGUCUGCAGUCCCGCCAAUUUUGGUGAAAUUAAAGGCUACCGAUACUAUACUUUCCUGGCAGUAAGUGCGUUUUUUCUACCGACCGUGGUUAUGCUGGUUAUGUACGCUCUCGUUUUUGUUAUUGUUUAUAAACGACAAAAAAUGCUGAGAAAUGGUGAACUGGGUCAAACAUGCAAUGAUCAGAACCAACGAAGUGCCUUUCUUCAAGAUCUAAAGACCAUCCGAAUGUUAUUGGUCGUCGUAGGAGUGUUUAUACUUUGUUGGGGUCCUGAAUUUAUUUUUCUGUUGUUCUUGUACAACUAUCCAGUUCUUAAUGAUCAUGAGGACCGGUCAUUAAGUUACUGGUAUCUGUUCUUUGCAGGUGCAACGCUAGCUUUCACACUCCCAUUCUUUAACAGUUUAUGCAAUCCAAUAAUUUAUGCCUGUCUGGACCAAACGUACGGAGCGGCUUUCAAAAAUCUGUUUCGGCAAAUGAUGUGUCGACCAAGCCCACGAAGACGACAAGUACCUGUGGCAAUAGAGUUACCUCCGCUAAGAACUAGGCAAACUAACAUUCAUUAA